CUUCUGGCUCUGUUCUCUCCAAGACUUGCCUACUUUUUUCUUCGCCGUCACGCCUCGUUCGCCGCCCCCGUAUGUCCCAGAUUUUCCUUCCACAAGUGUUGUCUCUGGGGAAGAAGCCUCGUGGACGUUCGCGCCUCCGAAAGCUACCUUAAACGAGGAAUAAGAAAAAUAAAUUGCGAGCAGAGGCCAGCCCGACCCCAAGUCUCAGCGCCACGAGUCCACCGAGCGGCCCCUAGACGAAGCGUACUAGACUUCUCUUGGUGACGACGCCUUCUUCCUCCCUUGAUCUGCCCUGAGGUCCCUCAGGUUCCUCCAUUCCCCCACUCGCCAGUGACUUACCUACUCCUCCACUUCCUCCGCCGCCGCCGCGCCGCGUUUACGGUUGUUGGUCUCUUCGCUUCGUCUUCCCUUGCCUCAAAUUGGGUCCCUUUCUACCUACCCCCUGGGCACUGGAGGGGGGCUCCAUCUUCGCGAGAGACUUGUGGACGAGGCAAGGUAACUCGAGAAAGUCUGAUCAUGGCGUUCCACCUUCGAGGCCGCUAGCUCUCGUUCCCAUCAUUUUGCACGGACGCCUCCCCGCGAUGGUUUGACGCUUCCCACUUCCACCGUCUGCCACCGUCUGCCUCCCCUCCCGCAUUCUUUCGUCCCAACGGUCGGUCGCCCGGAGGGAUAAGGACAUAUAUCGAUCCACUGCCGUCCCCCAGUCCUGGCGUUCCCAGAAAGAGAGUGCGGGAGAUGAUCCAAGUGUUGCUCCAUGAACCCUAAGCCUGAUACUGUAUUGUUUCUGUUCAUCUCUCUUUCCCACCUUUCCCAACUCUUUUUGCUCUUUUACCAAACCUCGUUCGUUGCCUCUCAGAGGUUGGAUGAGUAAACGCCACUCAUAGACGCAAACAGCAAAGCUCAGUACCUACUUCGAUCUUGCCUCGCCUUUUGCGUGACCAUCACUCCACCUAUUCGACGUGUGUCGCCAAGCUGCCCGUCUUAGCCAGAUCUAUUUGCUGCGCCGCAGACGACUGACUUAGUUGAAGACACACCCCAUCAUUGUGCGACCCUCUGUCAAAAACAUAUUGCGCAUCUGGAACCCUUCUUUCUUACCGGUGUGUUGGAGGAAUAGCUUUCGGGCAUGCGGUCUCGAGGCAACAUAUCACACAGUUGAAGCUUUUCCCACCGAGGGAUAAAGAGAUGGUCUUUUCAGAGAAUCCAGUCAACAGACGUAGCGAAGUCAUGGUCGUCUCAUCGAAUACGGGUCCGCCACGGCUCGACCUCGCACUCGGCCGGGGUCGCCGCGGCACGUUUGACAGCUUCGACAGCGGCAGCGAACGCGGAUUCCACCCUCGCACGGCACGCUCGUCCAACGACCUCUUCACACAAGCCCUCGGCAGGAUCGAUUCGGCAGAUUGCGACUCGGAAUGGGGCGCGGUGCGCGCGAGCGCCAGGGAGAACUGCGAUAGAAGUGGAGGCAUGGCGGACCUCAUCGACUUCCUCCGGACUACCUCGCCGCCGCCAGAAUUUCCCUCGCAACAGUCCCUCUUUGAAGACGACGCCGCCACUACCGUCGUCACCGAACCCCAGGAGCAGCAGCGGGAGAGAUGGGGACUGCUCAGGAAGCUGCGCCGGCCGCGCACGCGGGCCAGGUCAGAGUCGCCCGUCCGCCGGCCCCGGACCGCAGGACUCCCCAACUCUGCCGUCGCGUCCAAGACGAGCAGCGGCAACUCGCAUAUCGCAAUUUCCAUCCCGCUCGAGUACUGCCACGUAGGACCGGACUCUGACUGGGCCCUCGCCAUCUUCAAUGCCACGCCACCAUUACCCCCGACUCCCCCGGUCAGGAACAGCGACGAGGAAACUAGGAACGGCGUCAGACCUUAUGCUAGUGAUCGUACGGUCACUGUUCUCAAGACCGUCAGUGAAAAGGGAUCUAUCUCGACACUCGACACUAUGAGCACCAAGAGGGGAUGCAAGGGCGCAGUAUCGAUAUGGCCCAAGAUCAACCCCAACCCCAUGAGCCCGCCCAGGACGCCUUACACGACGCCUCCCGGUAGCUUGCGCGGGCGCUCUUCAAUUUCAAAGACUAGGCGUGACCGACUGCCUCCUCCGCCGCCUCAGUACGCCGAGCUCCCGGCCGAGCCCGUCCAUGCGGCCAAGAGCUCUUACAGCAGUCUCAACAAAGAGUGCGGGUUCUCUAGGGACGAGGAUUCCAUUGCUCAAAUCCCCAAUACGAAGAGGCCCAGAGCGAGAACAACACCAAGGCGGCCUGAGAACAUCGUGCUGCCGCCGAGAAGGUCGAGCAUCAAGAUUGUGAGGCCGCACCCAGAUGCAGUCCUAGACAGCCAGAGGUCGAUCGAUGGCAUCCUGGACGGCGGUUCCCAGCGCCAAAGUAUACUGUCAGAUGGCCCUCAGCUGAGUCCCGGAGCCUUUUCCGAGGCACACUCCAUCAGCCCAAGCAUCGCAACAACAGAGUUGUCAGAGCCGGUAGUAUCGAGCGCACGGUCUGCAAAGGCAUACUCAAUGGCAUCGAUUAAGCAAUCCGACAUGCCGGUGCUACCAUCUCGUCAGUCCUUUUCUGUCCGGCCGGGGAGCAGCGAUACAGCGCAGACCACUCUUGUUGGGGAGUCUCUAGCGUCUCGAAACCCCUCCACCAGAACGGCUGCCUCGCGGCAAAGUCGCAAGGAGCGUGUCAAGUCUCUCAAGCAAAGAGACAUGGAUGCGUUGCGAGCCCUCACGAGGCAAGGACCCCAAGACGAUGACGGCGAGAGGACGCCGAGGCCCAGGACCUGCGAAACGGUCAUCAGCUCCCUGCGCCUCCCUUCUCGAGAUGGUACGUUCGGGUCCAAGGACCACCUACCGCAGACAAAGUUAUCCGCCACGAACUUGGCACACAUGGCCAAGUCUCAGAAGAAGGCGACAAGACACAACAAGAACGGCACGUCAACAAAGAUAUCAGACUGGCAGGCCACGCAAGAUACCGAGACGGAGACCAUAGGCUGGGAGACGGCGCGAGAGGAGCUGACGCCCGGUUGGGAAUCCGCGCUGGAGACGCCCACGAUCGACUGGGACAAGACGCCGUUUCUGGGAGACAUCACGGCCGCCGACAACCGGGCCUCGACGGACACGAUGGACACCGCCGCCAACACGUUUGGGAGCGGGGACGUGAGAGACAGCACGCUCAGCUCCGAGCCGCCUCGUCGGUGGGGGAGCCUUCACCGCGCCAGCUGGGCGAGCUCGGUGCCACUCUUGGACCGCAUUGGAAGCUUCGCGCCGUCCGACGAGAGUGCCGUCGGCCAGGCGAUAGAGAUGGACGAUGACCACGCAGAACCGCGACCAGCUCGCUUGACGCGCGCCGACUCGGGCACUCUUUCACAAGCGGACGCGGACCGGCUGUGCUCGAACCGCUUCAGCUUUGCGCUGUCUGACGACAAGGUCAAGAUCGAUGUCGCGGACGACAGCCAGUCCAUCGCGGGCAGCAUCGCCGCCUUCCCCAAACCCGGCUGCGGUCCUCGACUGAGCGCCAUCAUGCCCGUCGCCGAGGUCGUCCCCUCGCUUCCGGUGGACGAGAGGUGGUCUGCGUCGACUCUCAACUCUCCAGUCACAGUCAUCGAGGUCUCGCACCCACCCUUUGCGACCAGCCAGCCGCCAGGAGAAGCUCCCACGCAUGUUGCCCGCCCACAUACGGCGGGCAACACCAACCCCGUGCUCUUCAACACCGCCAGAGCCGGGGGACAUACCAACUAUUCCGAUAGCAAACAAGAGCCGACGGCGUCAACUGACGAUACCGCCGGCGACGCAGACGAAACAGCCACCCUGCGCCCGAAAAGCCUCCGCUCGCAAGAGGGAGGAGACGCAGGAACAGUAGCAGGAGCAGGAGCAGUAGCAGACCGCGACCCCCUCAACCUGCUCACCAUGUCAGCCCGCGAACUCCGCAACCACUACGCCAACCUCCGCAGCGUCGAGGUAAACAACCUCGCGCACGAGAUGCUCCGCAACCAGGAACGCCUCGAACUGCGCAUGCACCAGCAGGAGCGGAACCAGAUGCUCUUCAUCGAGCGCCUCGAGCGCUGCAUGAGCGACCUGCGCAGCCUCCCCGAGUCGCCCCUAUUUGGUCCUGUCGGACCGCGCGGGGGAGCGACACUCCCCGACUGGCCCCUCUGCGGCGGCGGCGUUGGUAUCGGUGACGACGGAGGGCACGACUACGUCUACGAAGAGCAGCACAUCAGCCGCGACGCCAGACACGAGGUCCGCGUGCGGAGGACGGGCCGUAUCCGCGGGAAUACCACGAGCACCACCGCCACCACCACCACCACCCGGACAUCACAGCGGCAGCGGCAGUCCGAGGAGUCUCACACCCGGGGGAACGGCGUUGGAUGCACAGCUGGAGACUUUGACGACUUUGACGGGGACUUUGUGAACCUCAUCCACCCCAGACAGAGGCGCCCGUCGACCUCGCACGAGAUCACCCCUCGCACCAGCGUCAGCAUCGGCGGCGGCGGCCGGGCGGUUCGGGGAAGCAGGCACCAGGCGAUGAUGAUGCAGCCGCUCAUCACGCGCGGGGGGCUGGACGCCAUGGAGCCGCUGAUUCGGGAGCUGCAGAUUGCUUCGCGGGUGAGUCUGGAGGCGGCGCGGACUGAUUCCAGGACGGAGACGCCGUUGCCGGAUACGGAAUAUUACUAUAGUUUGAUUUAGGGGAGGAGGUUGAUGUCGGACCUCACUUUUUAACUUUUUUCCUAUUUCCAUCUUUUCUCCUUUUUCUUUGGCUCGGAUGUGGGAGUUGGCCGGCUUCCUGCCUUCAUAAACUGAAAGGUGUAAGCCGUUGUAGCCAAGGUAUUUGAUGAUGACCCAUUUUCUUUGUCUGGAUGGCAUGUGUGGUCUUUUGGUGUUCUCUUGUGGAACUUUGUGGAUGAGGAUUCUCAGGAUCGGGAUCUUAAAAUCAGGGAUGAUGAGAAGUGAGUAUACCCAGAGCUCACAGCAACUUUUAGUUCAGUGUUAUUUUCCCUUUUUCUUUUUCUUUCUUUUCACGCCCAUACCAUGAGCGUUGGACGGACACCAUCUGCGCUGCUGAUGCGAGACGCGAUGAGACUCAAAAAAGAUACCUAUUUUCUUUCUUCAAAAAAA